UUAAUAAUUCAAUAGAGGCUGAUUUGUGUGUUUUGUUCAUAGGGGCCCCCUGGUGGUGGAGGUCCUCCAGGGACACCGAUAAUGCCAAGUCCAGCAGAUUCAACGAAUUCCAGUGACAACAUGUACACAAUGAUUAAUCCAGUGCCACCUGGAGGAAGCCGAUCAAAUUUCCCACUAGGGCCUGGUUCUGAGGGUCCAAUGGGUGGAAUGGGAGGAAUUGAGCCACAUCACAUGAAUGGAUCAUUAGGAUCAGGAGAUAUGGACGGUAUUCCUAAGAACUCUCCCAACAACAUGAGCAGCAUUACUAAUCCUCCAGGCACUCCAAGGGAUGACGGUGAAUUAGGAGGCAAUUUUCUCCACUCCUUCCAAAAUGAUAAUGACCAGAAUGAUGAAACGGCUGCCCUCUGGAAGAUUAAAGAACGUAUGCAAGAAGCAGUUCAACGUGUUGACGAGGAACUGGGGGCAAAACCCCAAUUUUGAGUUUCACGCAAUAAAAAGGCUGAACUUCUUUUAUUCCAUAAACAUGAAGGACAAAAAAAAAUUCAAGACAUAAAAACCCUUCUCCUGGAAGGACUGUACGUUACACAUCGCAUCUUUUUGAAGCAAAGAAAAAAAAAUGUAAACGCCUCUAGCACCCGAACAGACUUCCUCUGCUUCAUCCUUUGAACCCGUGUAUUUUUGUGCUGAACUGAAUAAGGCGCUAGUCUAGGUAUAAGAUCCGAUGUUGUCCAUAUUGUAGCCAUUUUAUCUGGGACGUUUACACAAUGUGGUUUACUUUCGAAGACCUUUUUUUUGGUGGCACAGAUUUUUUUUUCUUGCUUCUGUGAGCCCUCCUCUCCAGUUGCAAGGUGUUAAUCAGUGGCUUGUUCCAUACCUGUGUAGCUGAACGAUGAUUUGUGCAGUGGGUUGCAGAUUGAGAGGAUCGUAUAUCUUUUCCCCAACUCCCGCUAUUCCUUCCCCGCGCCCACACGUACAUUCACACCUCGAAUCUGGAUUGGUUCAAUCCUCUGUUACCUUUAUCGAUCCAGAGGAAAACUUUGUACGCAAGAAAGAGACAACUGCAGACACGUGAUUGAGAGGAUAAUAAACAGUUUUAGUGGCACUACAAUCGUGCUGGGAUCUCUGUACAGUUACACUACCUGUAGAUGGUCUUUUGUUUAAACCCACUUCUAUACAAUGUGUAUCAAGUUAUGUAAAAUAUUAUCUUGCCUGGACAACCCUUGUGCUGAUUCUUGAUAACAUUGUAGCUGUUCUGUGUUUCUUACCUUGUAGUCUGGUUAUAAAAAAGAAAAAAAAUUCUA